CUCCGGGCGGCCGUCUGGGCCGCUGGGCCGCGGGUGUGCACCCUGCGGGGGCGCUCCGGGGGCUGGGCUGGGCUGGCUGCCGGCCUCAGGUGACGCCGCAGCGGCUUAACUUUCGCACCUGAGGCUCUGGGUGCGGCCGCGGGGUGAGACGUGGCACAGGGUGGAAUUACGGGACCGGGCGCCGCGAGCCUGGCGGCGAGCCGCCAGGGGCGUGGCGGGGCCGGGCAGCUCCCGGAGCCGCGAGCCGGGAGCCGGGAGCCCGGAGCCCGGAGCCCGGAGCCCUCCAGGUCGGAGUUGAAGAGCCGCGUCGGGUUUGAUCUCCGAGCUCGCGGGGGAGACCGCGGGCACACGCCCCCCUCCGCCCGCCGGCUGCCUCCGCACAGGUCCAGAUGAAAAGAAGUGAAGAAUUGGUAGCUAAAAAUCAUAAUCAAGAAGAAAUAAGUAUUCUUCGUUGUUGGAAAUGUAGGAAAUGUAUAGCACGUUCUGGCUGUUUCAUGACAUAUCUUGAGAACCAAAUAUUUGAGGAUGGACAUGAUCCUGUUGAUGAUCAAAAUAUUUGUCAUGUGUGGCACAUGAAUGUAGAAGCUCUUCCAGAAUGGAUAAACUGCCUAAUACAAAAAGCCCAAUGGACAGUUGGAAAACUGAAUUGCCCUUUCUGUGGGGCCCGCUUAGGGGGCUUUAAUUUUGUCAGCACUCCAAAAUGUUCCUGUGGCCAGCCUGCAGCUGUACAUCUCUCCAAAAGCCGGGCUGAUUAUCAGCUAACACGAGCAGGCCAACUAAUGAGACCCUCGCUGAAACACUUGUCACAUCCCAGAAUUCAGUCAGGUUGUGACAAGGAGACUCUCCUGACAGGUGGCGCCUCCAGAAACAGAAAUCAUAGGCUUUUAAAGAUGGCCCAAAAUAAUAAUGGCCCUGGAAGAUUAACGGAAGCUCUCUGCCUGGAGGUACGAUCAACGUGUGUUGAGAUGAAGAACGAAAAACUGCUCUUCAAAGCAUCAGAUCCAAAAUACGAGCUUUUUGUUCCUCAGCUUGUGACAGGCAGAUGCGCUACAAGAGCUCUUCAUCGAAAAUCACAUAGUUUGGAUCUGAACAUCAGUGAGAAAUUGACUUUAUUACCCACUCUCUAUGAAAUACAUCGUACGACCACUGCCUGUCCCAAGCUAAAUGAAACACAGCCUAUUGACCUUUUAGACUUGCCUUUAGAAUCUGGUAAAAAUAGCUGUUCCUUUCAGAUUCCAUCCAGUUUUGAUCCUAAUAUGCUGCUGCAAAGAUUUUCAGUGGCUCCCUGUGAGACCCAGACACAAAGAAGAGAAUUUCAGUGUGGUCUAGAAGCUUCUGCAGUGUACUCUGACCAUACUAGUCCUGACAACCUGACUUUCCUGAUGGACCUACCCUCAGCUGGCAGGAGCAUGCUGGAGGCCUCAGACCAGGAAGAGAACCUCUCCCCUUUGGACUUCCUGCGCUCCAGCAGUUUUUCAUUGGGUGCCAUUAAUCAGAGUCUCAGUAAGAGAGAAAAGAGCAAGUUGAAGAAUCUGAGAAAGAAACAACGGAGGCAUGAAAGAUGGCUGCAAAAGCAGACCUUGAAUAAUGAGAUGAGUACAGAUGAUGACAAUGACUAUGCAGAAGAAAAAGAAGGGUACAUCUGUGCAGUAUGUCUGGAUGUUUAUUUCAACCCAUACAUGUGCUACCCUUGCCACCAUAUCUUCUGUGAGCCCUGCUUAAGGACGCUAGCCAAAGACAAUCCUGCAAGCACUCCCUGCCCAUUAUGUCGGACAAUUAUUUCUAGAGUCUUUUUCCAGACAGAGCUGAACAAUGCCACAAAAACAUUCUUUACUAAAGAAUAUUUGAAGAUAAAACAAAGCUUUCAGAAAUCCAGCUCUGCAAAAUGGCCCUUACCCAACUGCAGAAAAGCAUUCCAUCUCUUUGGAGGUUUCCACAGACGUGCAGCUCCCGUUACAAGAAGGCAGUUCCCACAUGGUGCACAUAGGAUGGAUUAUCUACACUUUGAGGAUGAUAGCCGUGGAUGGUGGUUUGACAUGGAUAUGGUGAUCAUCUAUAUUUAUUCAGUGAACUGGGUCAUUGGAUUCAUUGUUUUCUGCUUUCUUUGCUAUUUUUUCUUUCCGUUUUAGGAAUUUUCCUACCUUACCACAGUUGAACAAUCAAAAAUGAUAUAGUUAGCAACUACUUAAACAUUUUUUCAAAUGUGCUUUGUAGUUUUUAUAAUGUAAAUUGUUGGUGUUUAUAGAAAGUCAGAGAAUAAUGGACUUAUUUAUUAAUUUUUUCAUGUAACACACUCAACUUUUUUAAAGAGCUUAUCAAGCACUUAGCAACAGUGCACUAUUACUUUCAUAGUUUUGGUUUAAAAUUUGUGCAUUCUAAUUUUACAGUGUCACUUUUAUACUUACCUUAAUUGUAAAGACUUUGUUUUCCCUUCUUCUUAAAAAGAGUAGAACUAUAAAAUGGAAUGAUAAUUUGGGUACAUAGUAUCUUUAUUGACAAAAGAUGCAGUCAAUCACCACACAUUCUCAGGCAAAUUAUAUAUAUUAGUGCAUUAAAGACAAACCACAUUCUCUGGGAACUGAUCUAGCAGGGUAUAUUUAGUUUUCAUUUCUAGGUAUCUCUACUUUUGCCCUCCUGUUAUACUACCAAGAAAGCUAACUACCCUUUUUUAAUAACCCUAAUAGUAGCUUUGGUGCAACAUUUUUAAUUAUUACAAGAACAGAUACCAAGUACAAAAAUAACUCACACUGACUGACCACCACCAUCAGGCAGAGAAAUAUAUUACCAUAGUUUGAAUUACAGGAUUACUCACCAGAAGAAAUUAAAAGCAUACUGACUUUCAGUAGUCUAAAAGAGUAAUGCAUGUAAAAUUACCAAAAUGUAAUUAAUUUAGUGAUUGUUUAACUAGGAGAUUGUCAAUAUACUAUAAAAGUGCAAUAAAGAGUGACUUUUAAAUUU